CAUGCCGCCCCGCUCCGCCGCUUUGCUCCCGCUGCUGCUGCUGCUCCCGCUGCUGCCCGGGGCCGGGCCGGGCCCCGCAUCUCCCGCACUGACGGACGCGGAGAUCGAAGAGUUCCUGCGCGGUUUCCUGGCGCCCGGAGACGGCGUUGCGGGAGGGGAUGGCAGCGAUGUGCGGCUCGGAGCUCAGCCCGGGACCGGCGGGGAGCGGGGAGCGGGGAACGGCGAGCCCCCGCAGCGGCUGACGGAGCCUGAGGAACCCAAGAAGCCCAAGAAGGACAAAGGGCCCAAACCCACCAAGAAACCCAAAGAGAGAGCCCGGGGCUCCAAGAAGGACAGGGACAGGGACAAGAAGACUGACGGGGAGAAACCCCCCAAGAAACCCAAGGAGAAGCCCCCCAAAGGCUCCGAAAAGCCCCCCAAGGGCUCCAAAAAGCCCAAGGAGAAAUCCUCCAAGGAGAAGCCCCCCAAGGAGAAGCCCCCCAAAGAGAAGCCCCCCAAAGAGAAACCCCCCAAGGAGAAGCCCCCCAAGGCCACCAAGAAGCCCCUGGACACGAGGCCACCGCAGCCACCUGACAACCCCUGGAAGCCCCCCACAGCCCCACAGCCCCCGCGGGGUGAGGACGGACCGGGGACAUCGCUGUCUGUGGGGCAGCCGUGGGUCCCCGAGGAGAAGGAGGAGGAGGAGGAUGGCAGAGACCGAGCACAUCACGGCCCUCCUGUGUCCCUGUCCCCAGAAGAGCUGGAGGAGCGGCCAACCCAGCGCUGGGAGUGGGGCCGGGAGGAUCGACGCCCUGAGCCUGAGGCAGAGGUCCCCGAGGAGCUGGAGCCGCCGACGCUGGACUACAACGAGCAGUUGGAGCGGGAGGACUAUGAGGACUUCGAGUACAUCAGGCGGCAGCAGAAGCCCCGCAAACCCCCAAACAGGAGGAAACCCGACCGGAUCUGGCCCCAACCGGAGACGGCACCGCCCACACCAGAGGAGCCCCCCGCACCGCUGCCCGGCCCCGUGACCGAGCACGACUACGAGGAGGGCUGGGAGCGACCGGACUACGAUGACUGGAAGCCCAAGAAGGGCGGCAGCAGCAAGGAGGAGGAGGAGGAUCCGUGGGCAGAGGAGAAGGGCCGGGACAGCAAAGGAAAACCCAAAAAGCCAGGUGGGAAGAAAUGGGAUCCAGAUGAGGACGAGUGGGCACAACCAGAGGAGAAGACAAGGUGCCCUCCCAUCGGGAUGGAGUCCCAUCGUGUGGAGGAUGACCAGAUCCUGGCCUCUUCCAUGCUGCGUCACGGCCUGGGUGCGCAACGCGGCCGCCUCAACAUGCAGGCGGGUCCCAACGAGGACGAUUUCUUUGAUGGUGCCUGGUGUGCAGAGGACGACAGCCGUGCACACUGGCUGGAGGUGGACACGCGCCGCACCACCAAGUUCACCGGCGUCAUCACGCAGGGACGGGACUCCCAGAUCCACGAGGACUUUGUCACCAGCUUCUACGUGGGCUUCAGCAAUGACAGUCAGAACUGGGUGAUGUACAGCAACGGCUACGAGGAGAUGAAGUUCUAUGGCAACGUGGACAAGGACACGCCGGUGCUGACCGAGUUCCCUGAGCCCAUGGUGGCCCGCUACAUCCGCGUGUACCCGCAGACGUGGAACGGCAGCCUGUGCCUGCGGCUGGAGGUGCUGGGCUGUCCCCUCUCCCCUGUCAGCAGUUACUAUGCGCAGCAGAACGAGGUGACAUCAGCCGACAACUUGGACUUCCGUCACCACAGCUACAAGGACAUGAGGCAGCUGAUGAAGGUGGUGAAUGAGGAGUGCCCCACCAUCACCCGCAUCUACAACAUUGGCAAGAGCUCGCGUGGGCUGAAGAUCUAUGCCAUGGAGAUCUCUGACAACCCGGGGGAGCACGAGACGGGAGAGCCCGAGUUCCGCUACACGGCAGGGCUGCACGGCAACGAGGCGCUGGGCCGCGAGCUGCUGCUGCUGCUGAUGCAGUUCUUGUGCAAGGAGUACCAGGAUGGCAACCCCCGUGUGCGCAGCCUGGUCACCGAGACACGCAUCCACCUCGUGCCAGCGCUCAACCCUGAUGGCUACGAGCUGGCACAGGAGGCGGGCUCCGAGCUGGGCAACUGGGCGCUGGGCCACUGGACAGAGGAGGGCUUCGACCUUUUCGAGAACUUCCCUGACCUGACGUCCCCGCUGUGGGCAGCCGAGGAGCGGCAGUUGGUGCCGCACCGCUUCCCCAGCCACCACAUCCCCAUCCCGGAGCACUACCUGCAGGACGACGCCGCGGUGGCCGUGGAGACGCGAGCCAUCAUGGCCUGGAUGGAGAAGAACCCCUUUGUGCUGGGAGCCAACCUGCAGGGCGGGGAGAAGUUGGUCUCCUUCCCCUUCGACGCAGCGCGGCCCCACAGCGAGACCCCCGCAGCCCCGCGCCUGCUGGAUGAGGAUGAGGAUGGCGAGCAGCCCGAGGUGCACGAGACGCCCGACCACGCCGUGUUCCGCUGGCUGGCCAUCUCCUACGCCUCGGCACACCUCACCAUGACAGAGACCUUCCGCGGGGGCUGCCACACACAGGAUGUCACGGACGCCAUGGGCAUCGUGCAGGGGGCCAAGUGGAGGCCCCGCGCCGGCAGCAUGAAUGACUUCAGCUACCUGCACACCAACUGCCUGGAGCUCUCCAUCUACCUGGGCUGCGACAAGUUCCCCCAUGAGAGCGAGCUGCAGCAGGAGUGGGAGAACAAUAAAGAGUCACUGCUCACCUUCAUGGAGCAGACCCACCGGGGGAUCAAGGGUUUGGUGACGGACCAGCAGGGAGAGCCCCUCGCCAACGCCACCAUCGUGGUGAGCGGCAUCAAGCACAGCAUCAGGACAGCCAGCGGCGGGGACUACUGGCGCAUCCUGAACCCGGGCGAGUACCGCGUGUCGGCGCGGGCCGAGGGCUACAACCCCAGCACGAAGACCUGCAGCGUCUUCUACGACAUCGGGGCCACGCAGUGCAACUUCGUGCUGGCACGCUCCAACUGGAAGCGCAUCCGCGAGAUCAUGGCCAUGAACGGGAACCGGCCCAUCCGCCGCGUGGUGCCCGGCCGCCCCAUGACGCUCCGCGAGCGCCUGCGGCUGCGCCAGCGCCUGCGGCUCCGGCAGCGGCUCCGCGAGCGGAUGAGGCUGCGGCGACUGAACGCCACCGCCAGCACCGCCGGCAUCCCCACGGCCCCGCCGCCCAGCACGCUGCUGCCCGUCCCGUUCAGCAGCACCACGAGCGCGCCGUGGAGCCAGGAGCCGCCCACAGCGGGAACCUGGGAGAUGGAGACCGAAACGGAGGUGGUGACCGAGCUGGUGACAGUGACAGAGAUGUGGGAUGUGGGCACGGGGACGGCGCAGCCCUUCACCACUGCAGAGACCUACACCGUGAACUUUGGCGAUUAGGGGAUGCCCGGCCCCUCGCUCCCGCCUUCAGGUGCUCCAUGUGGGCACCAUCCCGCGCUCCUGGAGC